AUGGCAUCUUAUUAUUUAGAGGCGAACUGGGAUGAUCUCGUUCCAAUUCCGCAAGACGAUGGUCCAGAACCGCUCACUCCAAUAUCUUAUGAUAAAGAAUGUUACUCUGAAGCUAUGAGUUAUUUUCGUGCGGUUGCUCUAAAAGAUGAACGUAGUGAAAGAGCUUUAAGCUUAACUGAAAAAAUCAUUAAACAUAACCCGGCUCAUUAUACUAUUUGGCAUUAUCGCCAACAGAUAUUAUUUUCCUUAGAAAAAGAUUUAUACAAUGAAUUGGAUUUUAUCACAGAUCAGUGGAUUAUUAAAACUUAUAAUCUUUGGGAUAAGGAAUUGGCCUUCAUUGAUAAAUUAUUAGAUGAUGAUGUUCGAAACAAUUCUGCUUGGAAUCAAAGAUAUUUUGUUAUCUUUUUUAAUCCUAAUGAACCCACUGAAGAAUUACUUGCGCAAGAAGUUCAAUACGGCAUAAAUAAAAUUUUAUUAGCUCCUAAUAAUAUUAGUCCAUGGAACUAUGUCAAAGGAAUCAUCGCCAAAUCCAAAGAACAAGAUAUUAGUGUUUUAGAAGGAUUAUGCAAAGAACUUGAAAAACAAAAUAUAAUUUCCUAUCAUGCAUUGGGUUGUUUAGUUGAUAUUUAUGAAAGUCGCGCAAAACGUGGAUCGAUUGAAGAUAAAAAUUUAGGAAUUAAGACUUGUGAACUUUUAGCAGAAAAACGUGAUAACAUACGUCAAAAAUAUUGGGAAUAUAGAAAACAAGUUCUUACUUAA